GCUACUAUUUCCAUAUCUCUUCCUUUUUCUCUCUUGUUUUGAGUUGGUAUCAGAACAAGUAAAGUAAAAAUGGCUCAGCUGUGUGAAAAGUGUGUGAAGUUGCUUCAGGACUUUGUGUCCCUUGUGAAGAGGAUGUCCUCAAGUCUGAUACAGAACAUUAAGGAGUAUUUGAUUCUGAUAAGUGAAUGCUCUUGCCUAAAACGAAAGACCUCUGAAGCCAGACAGCUAUACAAACCUGUCCUUCUGCCACACGAAAAGGAGAUGGCACGAGAGUUUCUACAGCACAUUGAAACAGGUUUUGAAAUGUCACCAUUUGGAAAGGACUCCCUGGAAGCUCUGAGGACCUUAGCAUUUUCAGAAAACCCUGGUUUACAACAGUCUGCUGCUCUGUAUUACUUGCAUAUGAGUCAGCACUUGAGCACCCAUCUGCCUGCUGAGCAUUUGGAAUCCUAUUAUGCUUUACUGCAGUCCAGUGACAUGGAGGUUCAGCAGAUAUCUUCCUUGUCCCUCGUAAAUUUUUUGCUGGAAGGAAACAUAAACAAAGAACAAGUUGUCCAAAUGGGUUUACUUGAGCCAAUUCUGGAGCUGCUCGAGUCAGGGGACUCCACUGUCCAGUGCAACUCCUGUGCCUGCAUAAUGACUUUGGCUGUCUCAGAGUCCAACCGAGAGGCCAUCGGCUCAGCGGGAGUUAUACCCUUGCUGGCACUUGCCAACUCCUAUGAUCCUAGAGUCCAACAAAAUGCAGUUGGAGCUAUUCUCAACCUCACACGAUCAGAGCGGAUCCAGCAAGUCCUGUGCAGGGAAGGAGCCCUCCCUGUCCUCAUCCUAAUGUUAGAAUCUCCCGACUCAGAAGUACAGUAUUAUAGUUGUGCAGCUUUAAGCAAUGUGGCAGCCAACUCUCAGUACCAUGAAGCCAUGUUGCGAGUUGGGGAUCAAUUCCUUCUGCGGACACUCAUUUCUCUCCUGUCUUCAUCUGUGGACAAGGUUUCAAGCCAAGCAUGUGUUUGUCUGAGGAACUUGGCCACAAGUGUGAACAUUCAGGCUGACAUCAUUGCUAUGGACAUCCUGCCCAAGCUGCUGUAUCUCCUUGCAUCUAGCAAUUCAGAUGUUCAACAAGCUUCUAUUGGACUCCUCUGGAUAUUAUCCCAACACCCAGCCAACCAGGAUGCUCUGAUGCAUGGAGAGGUGCUGCAGAACCUGGGGAUGCUAUUGUUAACUCACCCAACGGACCCAGGCAUUGUUGGUCACACUGCCAGUAUCAUAAAAAAUCUGAGCCUUUGCAAAACCAUACAGGGAAUCAUUGAAAGUCCAUGUGUGGAAGGACUCCUCCAGGCUAUCCUGUCUACUGAAAUUCAAGAAGAAUCUCUUCAUUACGUGACAUGUUCUCUUGGUGAGCUGGCAACGCAUGAAGGUGCCACAUUACAUUUGCUAGAAUGGAUGAAUGAACCCCUGAUAAAGCGCCUAGUGAGAUUGGCUGGGCAACGGGAACAUACAGAGACAUCAUUUCAAGCUGCCUCCAUUGUCCGACGCAUGAUAUGUCAUGAUAAAGUGAUGUCUCUGCUGAAAUGCCACCUGGAGGAAGUCCAGCGCUACCUCAUGAAUUUUCUCAGCCACCAAGAGAUUCGCUUUCAGCAGCUGGGUAUUUCUACGCUGGGAAAAUUACUGGAAGAUCCAGAAUUUUCAUCUGCAUUCAGCCAGAGUCAAUUGAUGGAGUAUCUUGAGCAAGUCCGUCAACAGACAGAAGAAACUCAGGAGCUCCUUAAAAUGGCUACCAGCCAUAAAGGCAGUUAACAUUUUAUUUACUCACCUCAUGAAAUGCUAUUCCAGCCUGCAGCUGGUUUGAAAAAAAUAUGUCAACUUACUCUAUUAAAAUGUUUAAUGGCUACAGCUAUAUUCCUGCCAUGUACAUGGCUGAUAAAAUACAUGCAAAGUUUAGCCAAUAUUGGGUAUCUUUUUGAACACACUGUGUGUGUGUGUGUGUGAGGUUUUAUUUAUGUAAAAAACAGGUUUUAUUAAACACACAUUCUUCCCAACACAUUUGUAUAUGCAAACUAUGCUGUGCUCUUUGAUAUUAACAAUAUUCUAUUACCAGUCAGUGUCUGUGUUCAUUAUUUCAUAGUAUGCAUAUCACUAAAGUGCCUGGAGCUACCUAACU